CAUUUCUUCCAGUUCCAUCCGUUCCAUCCACAACGUGUUUUGAAUUUGUGAUAACAUUUGGUGUUAUGAUUUUACGAAACAUUUAAAUUGCAAAAAAAUGAGAAAUAAUACACCGCCGACGUCACCGUACAAUUCAGUAGGAGGAGACGAAGAGGACGAUGGUGAUGAAUUGAUUUAUGUGGGCGAUGCUGACGAAGUUUUGAAUGAAUGGGAACAACAAAUCGAAUCUGAUGAUGAGAAUGGUGAUGAUGCUGCAAUUGUUGACAACGAAAUGACCGUUGAGCGGGACGAUGCUGUUCUAACAUUUACCAAGCAUAACAAACCCGUGUUUUGUGGUUCUCUGCAUCCAAGUCUGGACUUAGCCGUGACGGGAGGCGAGGAUGACAAAGCCUAUGUUUGGUCAACGGAAACUGGCGAAGUUGUCUACGAAGUAGAUGGUCACAAGGAUUCGAUUGUUUGCGCUCAGUUCAGCAGUGAUGGAAACUUCUUAGCGACUGGUGACCUUGCCGGAGAUAUUCAGGUUUUCAAGGUGAACAACAAUUACUCCAAAGUAUGGGAAUUCUCCAUGGGUGAUAUGGCGUGGAUGCAAUGGCACACAUCGGCCAAUGUGUUGCUAGCUGGAGGUGAAUCGGGUGAAGUGUACGUUUGGCGUAUACCAUCCGGUGAAUGUAAAGUUCUUCAAGGAAAUGGUCAUAAGUCAGAAGUUGGCGAGUUGACGAACGAUGGCAAAAAACUGAUUGUUGGCUAUGGAGACGGCACCAUUAAACUGUGGGACAUUAAAUCCAGUUCGGUUGUACAAGAAAUACUAGCCGACUCUCCGUUGGGCCAUUCCAGUACAAUUACUUGCAUUGCAGCCGAUCCAGACAAUGGAAUAUUUUUAAGUGGCAGUGAAGAUGGCAAAAUUCUGAUAGCUGGUGCUAGCGGAGCUUUGGGAAAUCUUCUGCCAGAUUCCGGAUCGGUGGAAUCAUUAGCAUUUUGUCCGGAUUCGGAUUUAAAAUUGGCCGCAUGUGGAACAUUGCAAGGAAAGAUUUCAUUGUGGGACAUUGCUAAGCAGGCGGUUCGCGUUGAAUGUGAGAAGGGCGGCUCCGGUGUAACGAAACUGUUUUGGGCACCGAAUCAUACUCUUUUUUGUGGAACAUUGGAUGGUGCUAUAAGAGCUUUCGAUGGUCGCAGUGGUCAACUGAAGUUUUCACUACUCGGACAUCAGGCUGAGGUGUACGAUUUAAGCUAUAGCCGAAACAAAUCGAUUCUACUUACCACAUCGGAGGACGGCACAUCGAAAAUUUUUAAGAAUUUUGUAUUUUAAGCCUUAUUUGAAUCAAAAUAAAAUGUUGAACUGAAA